UUUGAAGAAGUGCCACGAGAGGCAACACGACCAAUUAUGUCGCGCCUUCCACUCAAACAAGGAGAAGACUUUGAUGCAAUUGCCGCUAAUCCGACCGAAGGUGGAAGUUUAGAUUAUCUUUCAUCUUCCAAUGCUGUGGAAGUAGUUGGUGUUCAUCCCGAAGCAAAAGUGAGCGACUCGGUGACUUAUACGCGAGCACGACUACCGGAAUUAGAUGAAGAAUCAUUUCACCUCUGGAACGCUUUGCAUCACCUUAGAGGGAUUUCAAACGAUUAUGCCGAGGGAUACGAAGCGGCGGCAAACAAGAGAGCACACGGCAAACAAUCACAAGCAGCACCACAUCCAAUCUCGGAUGAAAUGGAUGCAACACAAUGCCCGGCAUUCAAUGCGCCAACAUCAACGGCGUCCGAUCGUGCAUUAGCAUUGGUAAAGCGAAUCUUCAACUGGUCGGAACUUCCAAGUUUACCUGUAGAAGAUGAGUAUACAUGGUAUGGAGUUGCAUUUCGCUCCAAACGUCGAAUUGGAAGUGAAUCUUUGAAUUUGUAUGAAGCAGACAGACGAUCACACGAAGAAGCAGUUGAUUCGGGUGGUUUGUUGAUGUAUUGGUACGGAAGUCCAAACGAAUCAACAGGUCAUAAUUUGGCAACUUGUAUUUGGACAAACAGACAAGAUGCAAUUCGUGCUUCUGCUUUGCCACUUCAUGCUCGCGCUGCUGCUCAUGCUCUCAAAGCGUAUGAGAGUUUUGAAUUGAACCGAUAUGCACUUCGAAAAGUCAAAGGAGAGACCCAAUUACGAUUAGAAGAAUGGACGGAAGAG